AUGCCGAACACGGGCAGCGCCGUGCGGGCCCAGCAGCAGGCGCUUGCCCCUGUCGGCAUGCUGACCACAGACACGUGCCUGCGUGGGGCCACAUCCACCCUGCGAGGGGCCCACGCCGGCGCUGCCACGUGCUCCCCGCCAGCGCCCUGCUGCAGAGGCAGGCAGCAGCCUGCUCGCCUGCCACCCGCUCACCGCCCGCAUGCUCCCUGUUCCCAGCCAAUAGGAGAUGCGUACGCAGCCAGCGCCACCAAUGAGAUGUCGGCAGCGGGCGGGGCGCGGCCCGCGUUUGCCGUCACCAUGGAGACGAAGCAGCCUCUCUGCGCGCAGGGCCACGGAGCCGCGAGUGGGGCGGUGGGAGCUGAGAGUACCCCGAGAGGGGGGCCGGGGGCGCCGGGGCGCAGGGUGACUCCAACAGUCCACAUGCCUCCCAUGCUCUCUGAGGAGAAGUUGCCAUGCAUGGCUGGGAUCCAGAAUGAUGUCCUCCUACCUGCAGUGCCUAUGGAGAAGCCCCAGUGUCACAGAGAGAUAUUGAUGGCUACAACCAAGAUGCCCCAGAAGAUGUCAGCCUCGGAUGAGCUGCCUGCCAAGGUUCUGCCAGCUGUCCCCAGCACGGUGCCACCAGCUGAGGCCGAGAGGGAUUCCUGCGGGAUUGAGCUCCCUAUUGUGGUGCCUGUGUUGCCCACCUCUCUGAAGACAUCAGCAGAGCAGGCCAGUCAGUCUCUGCUCCCGGGUAGCUGCUUGAUCCACAACUGGCAAAAUGAGAGAUCCACAAACCACUUGGACACUGUGCCGGUGCUGGAACCGGGAAACAAGGGCUUCACCCACCUGCAUGGCCAUCAUGGGCUGCUGGUCCACGAGCUCCUCUCCUGGCCCACCAUGAAGGACACCUACCACCCACCACACAGGGCCCUUCUGCUGGGACGAGGGCAGCGACAGGCCAUGCUGGAGUCCAUGCUCUACCAAAAAUACAGGAAUGAGAUGCUGGAGGAGAUCUGUCCCCACCAGAUGCCCAUGGAAUCGGUUUCCACCACACACCAGGAUUACCGUGCUGAGGGCUGCCAGUUGACACCACUGCCCACCACCAAGCCCCACAACUACUGCACGGAGCAGCCUUUCAGCUUCUGGCUGGAGAAAGCCCACAGCCUGCCUGGUGUCACCAAAAUCUGCAGCAGAGACAGUCCUUUUCGGAGGAAUGCAGCCUUCUCCACUCCCAUCACUGAGUGCCUAGAACAGCCCCUAUCCUAUACACCCUGGAGCAGUCAGCUUCAGCCCCACAAGCAAUAAAAAAGGGCAUUUGGAGGAGGA